UAGAUAUCUUAAGUUCAAAAAUCUUAUAUAAUUGUAUUUUUACAGCUAGCUAGAGAAUGAGAGCAACUUCAAUGGAAAAGAUAUCUCAAAUUGUGUUGUUAAUAUUACUAGUUUAUGGCUUGUUACUUGCUUUUUCUAACAUCAGUGCUCUAGCUAUUGAAUGCUUAGCUUCUGAUCAUGAAGCUCUUGUAGACUUCAAAAAUGGGCUUAAGGAUCCUCAGAAGAGGCUCUCUUCAUGGAGAAACACCAACUGUUGUCAAUGGCAUGGAAUAUAUUGCAAUAACGUCACAGGUGCAGUCGUUGCAAUUGAUCUCCAUAGGCGGGAUAAAAUGUGGCACCUGAGUGGUGAGAUAAGACCAUCUUUGCUGAAGCUCAAGUCACUACAGAGUUUAGACUUGAGCUUCAACAGAUUCAACGAUAUACCAAUUCCUAAGUUCUUUGGAUCACUGAUGAAUUUGCAAUCCCUGAACCUGUCAUAUGCUGGCUUUGCUGGUAUAAUUCCACCCCAUUUGGGAAACCUUUCUCACUUGCAAUCUCUUGAUCUGAAGUCCUUUAGCUUGAAAGUUGAAAAUCUACAAUGGGUGGCUGACCUUGUCUCUUUGAAACAUCUUGCCUUGGAUGGAGUUAACCUUUCACUGGUAGCAGGAACAGACUUGGUUAGUGCAGUAAACCAACUUCCUUUUUUAAUGGAAUUGCAUCUCUCUUCUUGCAAGAUUUUUGGUUAUAUUUCAUCUCCUCCAUCUCUCAAUUUUACUUCACUUUCAGUUCUAGAUCUUAGUUCUAAUAGCUUUGUUUCAAUGAUACCUGAUUGGCUUGUUAACAUUAGCACCUUACAACAUAUUGACAUAAGCAAUAGUGGUUUGUAUGGAAAAAUACCACUUGGUUUAAGAUACCUUCCAAAGUUGCAGUCCUUGAAUUUAAGGAACAACAAUCUCACAGCAAGCUGCUCUCAACUCUUCAUGGGAGGAUGGGAAAGGAUACAAGUGCUUGAUUUGGGAGGUAAUAAGCUAAACGGGAGACUUCCUUCAUCCUUUGGAAACUUGAUUCAUCUCACUUACCUGGAUCUUGCUUAUAAUGCUAUUGAGGGUGUUAUUCCUAGUUCCAUUGGUGAACUCUGCAACUUGAAUAUGCUUGAUAUAUCAGAAAACAACCUGACAGGAACUCUACCUGAAUUUCUUCAAGGAGUAGAUAACUGUCCUUCCGGAAAACCGCUUCCUAAUCUGACAUAUUUUAUCAUGAGCUACAAUCAGCUGUAUGGUAAAAUCCCAGAUUGGUUAGUUCAGCUAGAAAAUCUAGCCGGUAUAGGUCUUGCGUAUAAUCUGCUUGAAGGUCCUAUUCCUGUUUCCUUAGGGUCAUUGCAAAAUAUUGUCACCUUGGAACUUGAAGGGAAUAGAUUAAAUGGUAGUCUCCCCGAUAGUUUAGGACAACUUUCUAAGUUGUCACGCUUGGAUGUUUCUUCCAAUCAAUUGACAGGCAUGGUAACUGAAGAUCAUUUCUCAAAGCUAAGUAAGUUAGUGAUUUUGCUCAUGUCUUACAAUUCAUUCACUUUAAAUGUUAGUGCCAAUUGGAUACCACCAUUCCAAGUAGAUACACUUCAUAUGGGUUCAUGUACUUUGGGGCCAACAUUUCCACCUUGGCUGAAAUCACAAAGUAUAGUCAGAAAUUUAGACUUCUCCAAUGCUAGCAUUGUUGGUUUUAUUCCAAAUUGGUUUUGGGAUAUUUCUUCCCAAUUGAUACAUUUAAACAUGUCUCAUAAUGAAUUACGAGGUUGGCUUCCAAAUCCAAUUCCAAUAGCAAUUUCUUCCGUAUAUGUGCUUGAUCUAAGCUUUAAUCUUCUUGAUGGACCACUUCCUGUCAUAGCACCUGGAUUCGAUUUGCUAGAUCUCUCACAUAAUCUCUUUUAUGGUGAAAUCCCAUUUAACAUAAGUCAACACAUGCAUUAUGUGCAAUUUUUAUAUCUUUCACAUAAUCAACUCCAUGGAGAAAUACCAUCGUCUUUCGGAGAAAUGUCCUUUGUUACUGUCAUUGAUCUUUCAGGAAACAACUUAACUGGAAGGGUCCCUCUAAGCCUUUCUAAUUGCUCUUUAUUGGAAGUACUAGACCUUGGGAAUAAUAAUCUAUUUGGGUCAAUUCUAGGUUCUUUGGGCCAGUUAAAACUACUCAGAUCAUUGCACCUUAAUGACAAUCACUUUUCAGGGGAUUUACCACCACCUUUACGAAAUUUGUCCAUUUUGGAAACCAUGGAUCUUGGAAACAAUAGACUGUCUGGUGUUAUUCCGACUUGGUUUGGGAAAGAUUUUCCCUUUCUUAGAAUUCUAAUUUUGAGGUCUAAUGCAUUUUCUGGAGAAUUGUUACUUGAGUUUUCAAAACUUGGUUCUUUACAAGUCCUUGACCUUGCUAUAAAUGAUUUUAGUGGCAACAUUCCACCUAGUUUGGGUGAUCUGAAAGCAAUCACUCAAGUGCAGAGAAAAAAUAGAUACUUAUUGUAUGGAAAAUAUGAUGGUCACUACUAUGAAGAAAGGUUGAAUGUGUAUAUGAAGGACCAAAUACUAACGUAUACCAAGACUCUCUCCCUUGUUACUAGCAUAGACCUUUCUGAUAACAACUUUAGUGGAAAUAUUCCUAAUGAAAUAACAAAACUAUUUGGUUUGGUGGUUCUGAACUUAUCAAGAAACCAUAUAACCGGCCAAAUUCCUGGAACCAUGUCAAAUUUGCUUCAACUAUCAUCUCUUGAUCUCUCAAACAACCAACUUUCUGGAACAAUUCCUUCAAGCUUGUCUUCCUUGUCAUUUUUGGGGUUCCUAGAUUUGUCUAGCAACAACCUCUUGGGUGUGAUUCCUUAUACAGGUCAUAUGACAACCUUUGAUGCAAUAGCUUUUACGGGAAAUCCUGGUCUAUGUGGUCCUCCACUUCCUUUGAAGUGUUCAGGUGAUGAUGACAAGAAACAAGGUAAUGAUGAUUCAAAUGACAAGGAAUUGUUUGAUAACUGGUUUUACUUGAGUCUUGGUUUGGGGUUUGCAGCCGGCAUUCUAGUUCCUUAUGUCAUUUUAACAGUGAAGACUUCUUGGGGUGAUGUCUACUUUGAUUUUGUGGAUCAAGUUAUUCACAAGUUAUUAAGGCUAACACACAAACAAGGAAUAAAUCAUGGCCAACAGAGGAUGAUUCCUCGGAGGCGGUAGUUUAUACUUUAUACAGAUGUUUGUACAAUUUUCUUUUUAAUCUUUGUUUGAAAUUGUAUGUACAAUUUUCUUUGAUCAAGAUGUAUGCACAAAUUUCAUAUAUGAUUUUAUGUACCAUCCAAGGUAAAAUAAAAAGGUCAAGAUUAAAAUA